GCCAACUUCGUGCGAGUCUUCUGCUCUGGCCGCGCCCGCCCUCAGCCCGUGCCUGUAGUCUGUGGGCGGCUCCGCACCAUGGCCGUUUCUGUCCAGAAGAUCCGUCUCGUUGCCGCGCUGGUCCUCAGUCCGUGGGUGGCGUCGGCGGGCGAGUGCCCGACUGGAGCGGCCCCAUUCCCGAGCGGCAUGGCCAACGCUGGCACGCAGCAGUACGCCAAUUUGUUCGACAUCUCGUACUACGAGACGUACAAGGUGAUCCACUACUCCGACACGCUGGGUACGUACAAGAGCUCACACCCCACAAAGGCCAACGAGAGAAUCCCGGACAUCGUUCUCUGGCAGUGCGGCACGACCAAGCCGGCCUUCGGCUCCCCAGGGAUCGAUGACGCGUUCGCCCGCUUUUUCGAGAUCCCGAUCCAGAGGGCGACGCUGCCUUUGGCCAUCUCGCUGCCGCAGUUCGAGCUGCUGUCGGUUACGGAGAAUCUGAGGGGCAUCGCCUUCUGCCGCCCUGGUGGGCCAGCGGAGAUAUACGCUAUGGACUUCACGUACGUCUCUUCUGCGUGCGCGCAGCUGAUGGAGGAGUGCGUGCCGAGCCUUCAUGUCCGCAGCAGCGAUGAAAACUACUCGGCGGUCGCCGCAGUGGAGCCAGGCUCCGUCGUCUUCACAGACUCUUUUGGCACGGGCUACAGCAACACUGGCUGGGACGUCGAGUACCAGAGCAGUGUUGAUCCUGCGAUCUUGAACCGCGCAGAAUGGACUAACUUCGUUGGAGCGUUUUUCAACCUGGAAGCCCAGUCCAAUGAAAUAUUUUCGAUGAUUCAGGCGGACUACUUGGCCAUGAAGAGUCUGGGCUCGCAGUUGGGCUUGGACUCGAACACCGAGUGGGGUGGGCGGCAGCCUCGGGUGAUCUGGGUCAGCGCCCUGGGGGACACGACGUGCGCCGGAGCCGAUGACUGCGUCGACGACGGCGGCAACACCAUCAUCGGUUGGACGCAGCCUGGUGGCGCUGGCGGCGACUGGUGCAAAUGCGGGGGCUGGCAAAUCAGCACCGCUCAUUACAAGAAGAAUCUCGCAGAGGACGCCGGCGGGAAGCUGGUGGCUCUGCCGCAGGCCACCCCAGACGGGUGCGUGACCUCGGUGAACACGGAUGGCUCGACGACGCUCGGGUGCGGCGGACAGGACGGCCUCGCGUCCUUCAGGGCCUUCCUGGCGGAGGCCGACGUCAUUGUGGACGAGACCUACAUCUAUGGAUACGACACCGCCGCCCACGACUUCGUCGGCUCCUUCUACGUGACGGCGGCGGAUGUGCCGGCGCUCGCCCGUGACCCGGUCAACAUCUUCCGCGUCGACGGCAUCGCAGAGCCGCAGCAGCUCCUCGCCGGCAUGAUGGAGAUGCUCUGGGGCGACAGCUUCGAGAGCCCGUGCGGCCUCAGGUACUUCCGCCGCGCGGUCCCCGGCGAGGGCCAGGAGCAGGUGGGCCACGACGAUUGCGCUUAUUGGGCCCAGGACGGCAACCACGACUGCGCCGCCAUCCACGAUCACCUCCACGAGGUGCGAACGUGCAUGCCAGUAACGGCCAGCCCGACGGCUGUCCCUACGGCCAGCCCCACUGCAAGCCCCACGGCCAGCCCCGCGCCCAGCCCCGGCGAGGACGUUGCGAGCUCCGCGACGGCGUGCGGCAUCUGGGUGGCCGCCGCGGCGUCGACGUCUGGGCUCGCCGCGGCGGCGUAG